UCCGUCACAUAUUCAGUCAGUAAUAUUCAUUUCUAUGUAACCUGUCGAUAAUAGCUGCUAAUCAGCUUACUAUCCGUACCUACUAUAAUAGAAUCGUGGGAAGCUAGGUAGGUAGCCAUGGUCAAGUCAAGCCUAGGUCCUCUCCAUACCUCAGGACCUAACAAUAGCCACGAAGGAAAGAGAAAACACAAACAAACAAAACAACAUAGGCAACCUCCGAGCACAAAUGCAAAGCUUCAACACCAAUCCAGGAAUGCAGCCGUUGUAUGCAACCCCAUAAACACAUCCACCCAUAAUAAAAACCGAGAAUCGAACAGAAACAAGAGGAAGAGACAGAAACAGAGGCUGGAAGGGAGUGGGGACGGGACUUUCGAAACUUGUCAGUCACCUUUGUUCAGAUGCCCUCAGUCCGCUAGCCGAGGUCGGGCAGUUCGCUUUCUGCAUCGUAAGCAUGACUGCAUGCAUGAAUCCGCACGACCUCGUCCCCCAAACCGGCUCCGAUGCCCUUGCAUCUCUGCUUUCAGAUGCCACGUGGGUCUUUCCAAGAGAAGAAGUCGUCGCCGUCACUGCAGGGCCGUCGAGUGCUCUUGCGCCGAGGGUCAAUGACGAAGAGCGCGUGAACAUUGCCAAAACCCAAAGACGCCAGUUGUGUAUCAAUGUGCUGGCUGGGGAUGUGGAUAGCAAUAAACAGAUAAGAAGGAAGAGAAGAAAAUGAAAGACAGUCAGAAGAAUAUAGACAUCACCAAACACAUCAUCAGCGGACAAUAAAGGAGGCCUGCCGGGAACCAGCAAA